CAGUCAUCCACAUAUUUACCCACGAGAGGUUAGGAGUUUCAUAGAAUGUUUAAUGUGUUUCUUGGAUAUGUGGCCUACGGCUCAUGAAGGGCUCGGAGUGAAUCAUAGUUCGCGGAUUUACAGCGUCCUUUUCCAUCUCUUGGAAAAAGUUCGGAUUCGGUGGCGUGUAGAGCAAAAACCAUGGGUUAGAAUCGUGUCCUAGAUCUAAGAAUGGAAACAACGACGACGACGAAAUGACAAGAAAAACGUAAAUCACCUAUCGUACUUGCAUUUCUUAGCAGAGGAUUACGAUAGUGAUCUCAACUGGUCGCGCGGUGUUAAUAAGCAACAAUGGGAUGCAAAAGUUUGUGCCCGACGAUUCUUAAUAUUGCAUUCCCGCAAAAUCUUCCCAUUCACUUUUAAUUACGGGUGUCUGGUGCACCUCAGUUAGUUUACUUGACGCGUGAACAGAUUUUUCCAUUCCUUUUUCUCUUUAUUCUCUUAUACUUUCUGUAAGAUUUUUGCUUUUAGUCAUUCGAUAGUUUUUUUUAAGCAAUAGCAAAAGAUGACGGCGAGACUGGGGGGCAAAAUUAAGUCAUUGAUGGCAUUCCUUGUCUGCGGAUACAGACAUACGACUGUGGCACUGUCAAAAACGACAAUUAGCACCGGAGAAACCGAGUUCAUCAUCGAGCAAGCGGAGUAUAGGAAAAGAUACAAGGAAUGGAAACCGCGCGACAUCGAUAAAAUUUUCCGAGAACAUCAAAUCGUCCCUGAUGUUGUUGACGACCCUCCUGUAAACAUGUCUAAGAUUCUAUUUCCGUUCAACCACUCUCCUGAAUUCGGUAAUGAGAUGAACCUGUCCCUCCACACACACAUAGACUGGGCACAGUGGCCUGGUACACUAAACGACACGUACACUUUGAUCUACACAAUUCCUGACAUUCCGAGUCGGGAGAGUCCAACUUCUGGAGAGUACCAAGUAUGGAUUGUCGGAAAUAUCGAGGGACCGAUCUACAUACAAAAUGAAACGUUAACCGAAUACGUUAAACCGACGCAUCCGAAUGGAACAGACGAUCGGAUCCGAGAAGAUACAAUUUUUCUACGAGAGCCUUUGCGAAGAAAUACGAUCUUGGAAAGCCAGCGGCUGGGAACUUUUUUCUUGCUUACUAAAGAAUGAAGGAAGUGAUCAAGACAGAAAACUAGGACAAUCUCAUAUGCUCCGUCACAUAGAACGUCACGUAAGAACUGUACGUGUGCAAUGAGAUGCCGGUGUGGAAUUUGAUCAGCACGAUUUCGUAGUUUGACUUUGCCCGAAGUGGCAUUUGCCCUGAUUCAAUGAAGUUUUAGUUCUCACUCAUUGCUGACGCUGGAGUCUUCUUGGCCAUGUCUUGAAAAGACUACGUGAAUUGCAUGAUUGAACAGCAGUGUAUUGUUAUAGUUUCAGAUUUUCUUGAGUGAUUUUAAAUUGUGAUGUUUGUAAGAUUUUGCUCUGAUCUUAAUAAAAUAAAGAGGUACAUUAAACAGGUACAUCAUAAUACUGCCGUGCUGAAGAAGAAUGCCGUAUGAACAUUCGAGAGUUGUCAAAUUUCCUCUGAUAAAAUGUUUACUUUUAUAUAGAGAGUUAUGAAUCAGUUCUUUUAACAUUUUCAAAUAAUUUAUUUAUGAUCGCUGAUAUAAUUUUCCAAAAAAUUCAAAGGAAACAUUUUUACAAAUUUCCCUGAAAAUUCUUAUUUUGUCGAAGGAAACUUGGCAACAGCUGAAAAUCAAUAUUACAUUCUUCUUCACCACGGCAGAAUAAGGACCAUA